AUAACGUACUUCAAAGAAACUCCAACAUAAAUCAAAUAACUAACUAAAUUCCAUCGUCGAGUGUCGUCCUCUGAUUAUUACCCUGUGGCGAUUUGUAACCAAGUUCUUGGAACAUCUUUGGUUUAUUUCAUUUUGUUUUAUCAACAUUUUUACAAGAGCUAAUUAAAUUCCUGGGACAGCUCCGACGAAAUGAUGCGCACGGUCUUGCAACAGCUGCUCUACUCCACGGCGGUGCUCACCGCGAUCACAGCGACGCCCUUCGUCAAGGUGCAGUGGCAGCUGGGCCGCGAGGAGGAGGCUAAGACGACCUUCCGCUACGACGAUCUGAUGAACACCGCCCUGGUGGCCCUGGGGCUGUCCGCCCUGGCGAUGGCGCCCUACCUGGCCAUCUGGGCGCGCUGGCACUCGACCUACUCGAAGCCGAUCUACUUGGGGGUGCUGCUGCCCUGGAGCUACGUCUGCUGCACCAAGUUCCUCCUGGGCAUGAGGAUCCAGCUCAGUGCCAUCUCCUACGUGUCCAAUCCGGACGAACUGCACGACCUGGUCUACGCCCUAGUCUGCUACUGCGCCAUCUUCGGCAUGGCCCUGGAGCAGAUCCUCCACUGGGGCCUGCUCUACCACCUGGUGACCAAGAUAGUAAGGAACUGGCGCACCAACUUCAUCUUUCUGCUAUGAGCUUUCACGAUUUGUUUGAAUUUCGUUUGUUAAUCAUUAUAAAAAAUACAACGGCAAGCUGCAAAAA